AUGCAAGCGUAUCAUUCUGCUCGACUUCAACCCGACAAGACGGCCCAGUCAAUCCCACCCGGUGCCAUCAUCACCCAACCCAACUCCAAGAUCAUCUUCAACGCUCCAUUCGAUGACAGGCACACCUACCACAUCAAGGUUAUCAACUAUAGCGGUCGUCGUAUCGGAUAUGCGUGGGAGACCACCAACCUGAAGCGCCUCGUAGUCGAUCCAUCAUGUGGCGUUCUGGACCCAAAAGAAGCCGUCCUUGUGGCCGUUUCGUGUGCGCCCUUCGAUUUCGGCCAAGAAGAUACCCACGACGAUCGCAUCAUCUUUGAAUGGAUCAACGCUCCUGACGGUGUCGCCAAGCAAUUCGACCGCGAGUGGUUUCUAGGAGAUGGAAUGGUGCGCCGCAAGAAUCUGCUCAUCGAAUACAAUCCU